AUGUUCGGACUUCUUGAGAAAAACAAACCUGUUAAAGUUAGAGACUUUAGAGGAAACAAAAAGUAUGGAGUUGCAGCCAAAGAGCUAAAGGAGUUGUUACAGAAGGGCUGCAAGUUAUUACAGCUGCCUCUCUCUGGUGCUCGUGUUUGUUUGUAUGAAGAUGGGACAAUAGUAACAGAGGAUUUCUUCCACACCCUGCCAGAUAACUGUGAACUGGUUCUUCUGUCAAAAGAUCAGACAUGGUCUGGAGUUGUUUGUGACAUCGGUCACCUAUUGAACACAGACAGGCAUGCUGACGCCCUGAUUGAAGCGGCAAAGGGACUUCUGUCAGAUGAAAAAUCUUCCAAGAGGCGUAAAAUCCUCACCGACCUGCUACAGAAUCUGGAGGACAGGGCUGAACUGGAGAGCAGGGAGGAUGAUGAAGACUGGUUCACUGGUAUUAAUGCUCGAUUUAAAUCGAAGUCUGCCUACAUGAAGUUCAACUGUGAAAGCAGGAUACGAGGCUACAUGAAGGAGGUUGAUGAUGCAACCAAAGCUAUACAGAAAGCUAAAGUCAAAGCUGAGUUUUUCAAAGUGUCAAAGUGCCUGUUUGAAAUGCUGAAAAACAGCAGGUACAACGGCAUCUACUUUGACAGGACCGAAAAGGAAUCGCAUCGCCUCUGCACUCGGGAAGGGUGGUUUACCUGCCAGGGAUCGUUUGACAAGAAAACGUGCCAGUCGCUCCACUCCAUCAACCCCUACAGCAGCCGAGAGACCAGAGUCAUCUUCAGCACCUGGAAUCUGGAUCACAGGAUUGAAAAGAAGAGAACGAUUAUACCGGCUCUGCUGGAUGCUCUGCAGAAUCACACAAGUGCCAACAUCAACUUGGACUACUUCUACCAGAUGCUGUUCACCAGAGCAAACCUGAAACUGGUUCACAUCGUGUGCCACAAGAAGGGAGCUCACAACCUGAUGUGUGACACCGAGAAGAUCUUCAUGACUGCAGGCGAUGCAGGCACGGCGAAACAAAAACCCAAAGUGAAAAAAAGGCGCUUGAUUUGAACAUUUGUUGUCUAAAUUUAUUUAAAAAAAAAAAAAAAAAAA